UUUUUUUUUCUUUUUCUUCUUCUUCUUCUUUUAUUAUACCAUCCGUCAACCCCUUCCCUCUCAUUUUUUUUAUAUAUAUAUAUAUAUAACUAAAGUCUGAUAUACUGUGCCUAAAAUGAAAUUUAUUUCUCAUUUGGCAAGUUUGUCUGCAGCUGCCACUUUGAUUUUACAACUUGGUACCUUUGUUGAAGCCAGUCCCUUUUUUACUGAAUCCACUACUACUCUUCAUUCCAAUGACGCUGAUACUACACAACAAUGUGAAGGUUUACGUUUUUCAUUCCCUUCUGCUACUGGUUUGACUUUUGAAGAACAUAGCAAACACGUUGUAGCUUGGCAAGCACCUUCUACCUUGGACAAAAUUGUUCUUUCUCUUGUAAAAGAUGAUGACAACUCGAAUUCAAUUAACAUUGGUACUUUUGAUGCUAAGGCUGGUGCAACUUCUGAACUUCCUUUGGAUCUUCAAGGUCAACAACCUGGUCAAUAUCAUUAUCAUCUUCAAGCAACAGGUUCAAGUGGUGACUGUACAAUUGAUUCAGUAGCAUUUGCUAUCAACCAACAACAACAACAACAACAACAACAACAACAACAACAACAACAACAACAACAACAACAACAACAACAACAACAACAACAGCCUAACACUUCCAUCGAUCAAACUUCUUCAACCGAUGAUAAGAGUCUACAUUCAAACGACGAAACCUUUGACAAACUCAUUCAAUCUAUCAAGGGUCAAUCAUCUGAUGUUCACUCCAACACUGACACCUUUGAUAAUCUUAUCUCCAACCUUUCAAAGUCAAAUACACCUACCAACUCUGACAAGGUACUGGAUGGCCUCGUCAAUGAUCUGAAGCAAACUGAAGCCCAACAUUCAAAUGAUCAAAUCUUUGAUGGUCUCGUCAAUGAUCUGAAGGAAACUGGAGCUCAACAUUCAAACGAUCAAAUCUUUGAUGGUCUUGUCAACGAUCUCGAACACAAUCAAACACGACAUCCAAAUAGUGAUGAUGCCACUUUUGAUAAACUUGUCUCAAAUAUCAAUCAAUCCGCUCAAACAACCACUAACGAUGAUGACAAUUUGAAUUCUAUUGUUCAUGAUAUUCAAUCCGCCAAUCAAUCAAUUCAAAAAUCAAGUCACCAAGAUAACGCUUUGAAUGAUGAUUUGGAUACUUUAGCUAACGGUGUCUCCCACAAUGAUGACAAGUUGGAUUCUCUCCUUCACGAUAUUCAAUCUACCAAGCAAACAAAUCAAAAAUCAAAUCCAGAUUGGGAUGCUAUGAUCAAUGAUUUGAAAUCUGCUGCUUCUCAUCCAAAUGAAGAUACAAAGAAGACUUCCGGUACAAAUGGAUUGGAUCAAGUCAUUGAUGAAUUGGCUGAAUCUAUCAAGCAAAGUCAAACAAAGGACACUAAGGAUAUCAAGACAACCAAGAAUGAUAAAUCUCAUGCUGAUGCUGAUCCUGCUCAAUCUACUACUACUACUACUGAAUCCUUCAAAUCUUUUAUUGAUAGUUUGGAUCAAGAUUACAAAAAGUAUAUUCAAAAUAACAAGGAUAGCGAAACCAAGCAAGUUAGCCACAAGAAUGAUGCCAAGCCUGAUAUUGAUCCUGUUCGUUCUGCUACUGUACCUCAUUCAAAUGAAUGGUUCACAAACACUGAUCUCCGUACCAAGAAGAAUCUUAGACGAGCUUUUGUCAAGCGUGCCACAAAUCCUUAUUUCACCAAUGAGGAUCGACGUACUACUCAUGCGAAUGAUGCUUCUUCUGUGGAAAAAUCAACUGCUUCUCGACCUAUCUGGGCUGUCAAUGGUGAAUUCUUUACAAAUGAUGAUCAACGUACCAAUGUCAAUGCUAUACACAACGAUGCUGAAUGGUCAGAAGAUUCUACAGAACAAACUACUGGCUCUCCCAAGUGGGCUGUUAAUGGACCUUUCUUUACUGAAGAUAAUCAACGUUCUGAUGCCAACCUUUUACAUAAUGAUGCCGAAUGGGCCGUAGACGAAACAUUGGAUUCUCCUACUGAAGAUAUCGUUUGGCACAAGGAUGAAAUAGCCGAUCUCCCUGAAUGGAAUGUGAACAGUGAUGAGGUUUUAUUAGCUCACGAAGAUAGUGCAUGGGAAUCCUUUGAACACAACGAUGUACCUACUGCUACCCAAGAAGCACCUAUUCACCACCCCAAUGAUGUUGAUUGGAAUGUUCAAGAUGUGACUCUUCCUGCUACUAAGGAAGCACCUAUUCAUCACCCCAAUGAUAUCGACUGGAAUGUUCAAGAUACAAACGCUGUGCCUGUGGAUCACUCAAACUUUGUACACUGGGACUCAGAGGUCAUUGAUGCCGUGAACGAAGAUGAUGAUAAUUCUCAUAUUAACGCUGCUCCCGAAGGUGAAUGGCAUGAUGAUGAAAUUGUCAAUGACGGUGAUACUCUGCAAUGGGCUCAAGAUUCUAUCGAUUUGGAUGAUGAUGAUAUCAACUCUGUACACAGCGAUGCCGUAUGGGAAACUAACGAACACUAAUUCUUUUACUGAAAAUGAAGCCGUCCCUCACUCAGUUAUUGACUCUCAUUCCAACGAUGCUACUGCCUCUUCCGAAUGGAUUUCCAGCGAACAUGCCAAUGAUGAUGAACUUGAAUUUGAUCCUUCCUGGGCAGUGAACGAAGCUCCUACUCGAUGGUCUGAAGAUUCUAUUGAAGACAAUGCUACUCCCAAUUCAAUUGAAUCCAAGUCUGCUGAUGAUCACAAUGAUGCUACUCUUAC